GCUAGCGGCAGGGCGCGCCUGCGUCACGCACCUGAUCCCUCGAUGAGUGCGACGGUGAGCAGCGGAAGGCGCUCCAAGCGGUCCAGCACGUGCGUCAUGUAGGCGGACAUCUUGAAGCCGGCGGCGGCGCAGCCCGUGAGGCGCGCCAUGUCGAGGUCUCCGCCCGAGCAGAAGGUGCCGCCGCUGCCGUACACGAUGACGCCCUUCCCGUCGCGCCACGCCUCCAACUCCGCCACCACGCGCCCGAGCUCCACCAUCAUCUUCCCUGAUUGCAUUCCGUUUCUUAUAGUGAUUGAUGCACAAGGUUGCGAUUCCAGAGUCACUUUUAUUCAGAUCGAUGGUUCCACCUGUAAACUGGAGUAAAUGCAUUUCAAUUUCUUCGAGCGAGUUCUCUGGGCCUUCGUAGUAGUUGACGGAAGGUUUCAAGGGAAAUGUCUCAACCGAGUUCAUAAUCUCUGCUCACUUAAAAGGGCCCUACAAGAGUUAGAAUAUUCUGAAGUGUAACUAUUCCACUGAAAUUGUCUCGCCUUUGCUAAUUGCGUAUCACUUCCUUUUGUUGUAAUUAGAUUUCAACAGAUUACAGAAUUCACGCCGUUGCCUGACUUUCCACUAGAUGUACGUACCAAACUCUAAUAGUCGAAACGUCAUCAAAAAGUCUCGAGCCAAAUUCGAACGAACCCGCGAUGAGGAGAGAAUGAUAAGACGAAAGAAAGAGCUGGAUGGUGGCGCGAGCGGGUGAGCGUGUUUGGUCGCAUGAGAGACGCGUCAGAAUUGCUUAUCACUGUUCAUGCACGUUACCAUCUCUGUUGUGUAAUGCGUCGAACCUCAGUGUCAAGGAUGCCGGAAUGUUAGAAACGAAAUAGAAACAACAGUUUCGCCACAUGAAAGGUUAGGUUUUCACUCCGAGACGCAGUUUUUACUUGCAUUUACAAUUUACGAUACAUCCUGACUUCCAGAAAUUGAAUUAUUUAACGCUGAUUGAUUGUUUAAUGUAUUUUGAGCAUGCCAUUUGGAGAGAGAAGGAUGCGAGAUCUCACCGACCAAAUUUGUUUAACAUCUUCAAGUAAAUAAUCAGUAUUGAUUUUAAUGCAAUAGAGAAAAUUAGUGAGUAAUUGAAUACUUGAGACAUUUAGUAAUGAAUGCGUGCAGUUGGUACUCCCGACUUAACUUAAAAUUACGCGAAUUAUGUAAGAUGGCGGGCUUGAGGUGGCACUUAUGGGAGUGGUGGAUUGAAAUUAAAUUAAAAACAUUCAUUUCUGGAGAAGCCAUACCCUAUCACUAGGCAGGGAAGUGACUCAUUCAUAGACAAUGGAUCCUGACGUUAAUUCGUCCCCCUCGGAUAAUGUCAGUAAGACUGAAAUGAAGAUCUGUGGAGUGUGUGGUGAUCGGGCAUUGGGAUAUAAUUUCAAUGCUGUCACCUGUGAAUCCUGCAAAGCUUUCUUUAGAAGAAAUGCUUUAAAAAACAAAGAAUUUCAAUGCCCUUUCAGUGAAAACUGUGAAAUAACAGUGGUGACUCGAAGGUUCUGUCAGCGUUGUCGCUUAGAAAAGUGUUUAGCUAUUGGAAUGCGAAAAGAUUACAUUAUGUCAGAAGAAGAUAAAGUAAUUAAAAGGGAAAAAAUAGAACAAAACCGUGCAAAAAAGAGACCUAACCAACAGUGUGCUCCUUCAAAAGUUAAAAGUGAAAAUGAUGACACUUCUGACACAUUGGAACAAGAAAGGUUUUUAAGUCCUUUUGAACAAACUUGUGGUGAUGAUGUGCCUCCAAGGAAAGUGAAGUUGUGGCAUGGUGUUGACAGUGUAAAUAAUUCUGAUGACACGGAACGUUUCCGUACUGUUAGUCCUCGUGCAUCAGUGUUAUCACAGCCGGGUUCUCAUCCUCAGCUAGCUGAUGCGUACCCCUCUCCUGCAUCAGCUGGCAGUUUGUCAAGCCCUUCAUCACCUCAUGACAGUGCAUCUGUAGUUGGUUCCAAGACCCUGGAGAUGUUUGCUGAGAAUGGAAAUUCUCAAUUGGGGCCAGUUAGUGUUAUUAGUAAUUCUCCUAACACAGGUCCAGAAAUUGGAUCUUCUGUGGUGCCUGGAGUUUCUGGAUAUGCCAAUCAUUUCAGAGACAGGGAAUUAGGAGCAGGAAGCAGUCGUGAUUUACCUUUAUUAUCAUCACUUGUCCUCAACCACAAGGUAGAGGAUGCUGCAGCCAGGCUGCGACAGGCUUCUGCUGUUCCUCCUCCUGCAACAGAAGCUACCAGCAGUUGGGAUAAUGUGCCAUUGAAGCCAGAGGCAUGUUGGAUGAGCGGUAAUGCACCUCGUGAAACAUCGAUUCAGAACAAUGCUGCUGAGAUUUUGCAGGAUAUUCAGAGGAUUCCUGUUGCUCCAAAUUCAAUUGAAUCUAUUUUGAGUGAAGCCAUCAAAUUAGAAUUUGAAGCCUACAGUUCCUUAGCCAAGUCUCAUCAAAAUUCCCGUGAACUCAAUGAUGCUGAGAGAGCAAAAUUGAAUGAACUUAUUGUUGCUAACAAAGCCUUGUAUGAGCCAUUGGACGAUGAUCUUUCUUCUCUAGUUGGAGAAGAUUUUCGCUUCAAAGGAAAUGCAGAUCAUUCUCCUGUUCUCCUUGAUGUUAUUAAUCUCACAGCUAUUGCAAUUCGGCGAUUGAUAAAAACUUCUAAGAAAAUCAAUGCCUUCAAAAACAUGUGCCAAGAAGAUCAGAUAGCAUUACUGAAAGGAGGUUGCACUGAAAUGUUAAUUCUGCGAAGUGCAAUGACAUAUGAUCCUGAUAAUCAAGCUUGGAAAAUUCCACAUUCACAAGAGCGUCUAAAUGUAAAAGUAGAUGUGUUGAAAGAAGCCAGAGGAAACAUAUAUGAAGAACAUCAGCGUUUCCUGAGAACAUUUGAUCCUCGAUGGCGCACAGAUGAAAAUAUUAUGUUAAUUUUGAGUGCCAUUACACUUUUUACUCCUGAUCGCCCUCGUGUUGUCCACCAUGAUGUCAUUAAAUUGGAGCAGAACACAUACUACUACCUACUGCGGCGCUAUUUGGAAUCGGUUUACCCUGGUUGUGAAGCACGGUCUACUUUCCUGAAGCUCAUUCAGAAGAUCGCCGAACUGCAUCGCCUCAAUGAUGAACAUGUGCAAGUGUAUUUGGAUGUGAAUCCUCGAGAUGUCGAGCCUUUGUUGAUUGAGAUAUUUGAUCUCAAACCACAUUGAGUGCUUAUGGAAAAUCAAAUAAUGUUAUCUUUUCUCUUCACUGUAAAAAUUUUCCUAUGCAUAUCUGUGAGCAAAUAUGAAUAUAGCAUCAUCCAUUUCGACGAAAAUGUAAUUGAGAAAGUAAUUAUUCUUGAACAUUGAAGUAUGAUUAUAGAUUGUAGCUAUAUUUUUAUGACUGACAAGUCCUUACGACAUUUUUUUUUACAAUUAAUACCUUCAAACUUAUUUCAAGAUGUUUUAAUUUCAUAAUUGGCAUUUAUUGAGAAAUGUUUGAUGUCAUUGAAUGUUUUAACUAUUGGGAUAAUGAUCUUAGUUUGAAAUGCCAGGCACAAUAUUUCUGGCAUAUUGAUAAGACAUUAGCUUGUGUCUUGAUUGUGAAAUUUGGAGAGGUACAUUCAUAUACAUUUUUGACUUUUUCAGUUGUUGUAUUACAUAGUUGCUCUUAACCUUUGUAUGUUGUUUUGUGUGCAUUGUAUUACAUGUUUUGUUGGGAUAGUUUACAGUUUUUUAUUACUGUAGCCUUAUAUUUGUGUGUUAUAUUUUAAAAUGUCAAUAUUAUUUAUGUAUGUUAAAUAGUUUGUAACAAUUUGCAUUUAUUUACACAAACAUUUUGUUUCUGAAUGUUUGUUAAUUUUUUCUUGAACCCUUCUUUUCUAUAUUGGGGCAAAUUUUAACAUUCGUCUUUAAUGUAAUUCAUGUGAAAAAAAAUUUACAUGGUACAGAGAAAGUUUAUAAAGUGCACUUUGAAAAUUGGUAAGAAAUAUAAUAGUUUAGGUUCAUGCUUUGAAUGCUCUCAGUUUGACUUAUAAAACCUUACGGCAUUGUGCCACCCAACAGUGUUGAAGUCUUGAAAGCAAUAUAAUGCCUUCAUGCAUUAGUGUUAGGUAUGCACAUCUUAUAUCAGCUUAAUGUAAUGUAAAUAAAAGAUAAAUGUAAUGUAUUUUGAUAUAAUGUAAAUUUAUAAAAGUGUUAUUUUUGAAUGUAUCAAAUCUAUGUAUUUGUCAUAUUGUAAUACUGUUUAAAAUGUAAUGCAGCAUUGAUUAAGUGUGUUAGAUUUUUUUAUGUUUCCUCGUUAUGUGAAACACAAAAAUCCAGGAAAAUGUGCCAUAACCAGGUGUAGCUGGUGCCAAUAUAGAAGUACAAUUUGCCAUCAUAGUAUAGAAUUGUAAGUUAUGUGUGAAGAUACACCAAGUUCUUGUUACCUCAGCUGUGAAAGCAGCUCCUUCAAAUGUGUAAACUAAUGAGAUCUAAGGCAUACUAAAUUUAUGCCUGGCUUUCAUUUUCAAGUAAUACACACAACAUACAAAUUUAAGUAUGUUAUGUAAUAAAGAAAUAAUUAAUGUUAGACUGAUAAUUAAUUAUACCCUAAAACAGUCUUUAAAAGCUGCUGUGAAAUCAAAAAUACCAAUGCUCAUAAAUGAAAUUUAUUAGCUUCUAGAAUGUACUAUAUUUUUGUUGCAAAAUGAUUCUAAUAUAAUACAUUAUAGGUUUGUUACUUAUUUAAUUAUAUUUUAUUGCAUACUAAUAGUUGCAUAGUGAAACAAAUAUGAAAUUGAAUAGCAAAUGAGUUGAUUGUGAAUAGACAAUAGAUUUAUGAAUGGACAAUGUAGAAAAACAAUGAGAAAGAAAAGUAUAUCGUAUGUUUUUUCUAUAUUUUAUCUUCAAUAAAAAAAUGAAGAUUU